AUUGGCGGAGGCGAAAAAUUUAAACGGAGGCAAAAGGCAGGACUAGUUUUGCUCCGUGACUUGAGUUUGCGAGUUUGUGGGGUUGGUAUCCUUUUUAUUUCUAGGGUGUCGGCUUCUGGAAAACAAAGCGGGGUAAAUUCGCUCCGACCAUUUCCACGGCCGCGCGGUGAAGCGGUCAGCAUCGGUCGGAGGUCCCUGCUCCGGAGCAGCCUGGUAGGGGGUAGGGAAGGAGGCCGGGUCGGGGUCUGAGGCUGCCAUGGCGAACCGGCGAGUGGGGCGAACCUGCUGGGAGCUGAGCCCUACGGAACGCCGGCCGCCGGCGGGGCGGCGGGACCCAGCGGCCCAGGAGGAGGCGGCUUCCCCGCCGACGCUGUCUCUCAGCCACUUCUGCAGGUCCCCUUUCCUCUGCUUCGGAGAUGUCCGCCUGGGCGCCUCGCGGACGCUGCCCCUGGUCCUGCACAACCCUAACGAGGAGGUGGCUGAGGUGGAGAUCUCCCACUUCCCGGCCGCGGACCUGGGCUUCAGCGUGUCUCAGCGUUGUUUCGUGUUGCAGCCUAAAGAAAAACUAGUUGUUUCUGUUAACUGGACACCAUUGAAAGAAGGCCGAAUAAGAGAGAUUGUGACAUUUCUUGUAAAUGAUGUUCUGAAACACCAAGCCAUAUUGCUAGGAAAUGCAGAAGAGCAGAAAAAGAAAAAGAGGAGUCUUUGGAAUACCAUUAAUAAAAAGAAAAAUUCAGCCUCUUCAAGUUAUAACAAAAAGAUUUCAAAUGAUCAAAACGUUAACAAAACAUUUUGUGUUUCUCAAAAAGUUGACAGAAUUAGGAGCCCACUACAGGCAUGUGAAAAUCUGGCUAUUAAUGAAGCCUGUUCUCCAACAGAAAAUAGUUCUUUAACCCUUGAAGAACAUAAAAUACCUAUAUCACCUAUUAGCCCUGCUUUCCAAGAAUGUCAUGGUGAAAUUUGCUUGCCACUUUCUGUACGUCGGUCUACUACCUACUCAUCUCUUCUUGCAUGUGAAAAUGAGGAACAGUUAAAAGUAGAAGAUGCCACCAUUUCAAAAGAUUUUAAUUUUAAUGAGGAAGUCAUAACUAAAACUUCCUUUCAAAGUGAGGAGAAUAGUAAACUUAUUCUGACCCCAAACUGUUCUUCAACUUUGAACAUUAUGCAAAGUCAAGCAAAUUUUCUAAGUCCAGAUUCUUUUGUAAGUAAUAGUCAUACAGCUAAUAAUGAAGUAGGGUUAAUGACAUUUCUUUCACCAGAUACACUUAAAAAAGAUAAUUCAGAGUCUGUGAAUUUGGAAUCCAAAAGUAUACAUGAAAUUUACAGAACAAUUUUAAGUCCAGAUUCUUUCGUAAAUGAUAAUUAUGGAGCAAAUCAGGAUCUAGAGUCAGAUUCAGUUAAUCCUAUUUUAUCCCCAAAUCAAUUUGUAAAAGAUAACAUGGCACAUAUAUAUACCUCUCAGCAAACAUGUAAAAUAUUAUCAUUAUCAAAUGAAAAUUCUCAGAUUGCCCGGUCUCCUCAGCACUGGAGAAAAAAUGAAGUUUUGCCAUGUAGUCCUGAAUAUCAGGGUUCAAAAACACCCAAGCCUAAUUUUGAAGAACUAAAUCCUAUAGAAGUGAAGUCAAGUUACUACAAUUUUAGAAAACAAAUUCACCCUAAAUUUUCUGCAGUUCAGGAUGUUUCUCGUUAUAGCCAUAAUAAGCAACAUAAGAGACGCCCCAUACUUUCUAACACAGUUAUUAAAAGGAAGACCACCAUUGCCAGAGACAAUCAAACUGAGAUUAAUAAACCAAAAGCAAAAAGAUGCCUCAACAGUACAGUAGGUGAAUGUGAAAAAGUAAUAGAUCACCCCAAAGAAACAGAAACUUUACAUUCUCAUCUUCCAAUUAUCGAUUCAGUAUUAAGUAAACCUAAGUGUUAUAAAAGUGAAGUAACUAAUUCUACGACAGCUUUAGUUGCUUGUAAAAGAAAAAGUGAUGGAAACAUGGAAGAUACAAAUGUGAAGGUUGCUAUUAUAGAACAUAUGGAUAUACCCAAAAUCAAAAGAAUCCACUUUUCUCCCUUGGAAUCGAAAACAUCAACUGUUAAAAAAAUUAAGAUGACAACACCAAUCUCAAAACGUACUAGCAACAGAGAGAAAUUAAGCCUUAAGAAGAAAACUGAUUCAAUGGCAUUCAAAACGCCUAUUUCUAAAACAAACAAAAGGAUAAAACCCAUUGUUGCUGUGGCACAGUCUAAUUUGACCUUCAUAAAACCAUUAAAAGCAGAUAUUCCUAGACACCCAAUGCCAUUUGCUGCAAAAAACAUGUUUUAUGAUGAGCGCUGGAAGGAAAAACAGGAACAAGGAUUCACUUGGUGGCUAAAUUUUAUAUUAACUCCGGAUGACUUCACUGUAAAAACAAGUAUUUCUGAAGUAAAUGCUGCUACUCUUCUUUUGGGAGCGGAGAAUCAACAUAAAAUAAGUGUUCCUAGAGCGCCUACAAAAGAUGAAAUGUCUCUCAGAGCUUAUACUGCACGGUGCAGGUUGAAUAGAUUACGCCGCACAGCAUGCUGUUUAUUUACAUCUGAAAAAAUGGUUAAAGCUAUUAAAAAGCUUGAAAUUGAAAUUGAAAAUAGGCGGUUAAUUGUUCGAAAAGAUAAACACCUCUGGAAAGAUAUUGGAGAACGUCAGAAAGUCUUGAACUGGCUAUUAUCCUAUAAUCCUUUGUGGCUUCGAAUUGGCCUAGAGACAAUUUAUGGUGAACUCAUAUCUUUGGAAGACAAUAGUGAUGUCACAGGGUUGGCUAUGUUUAUUCUGAAUCGCUUGCUUUGGAAUCCUGAUAUAGCAGCUGAAUAUAGACACCCUACUGUUCCUCAUUUAUACAGAGAUGGUCAUGAAGAAGCUUUGUCCAAGUUCACAUUGAAAAAGUUAUUGUUGUUGGUCUGUUUCCUUGAUCAUGCUAAAAUUUCCAGACUUAUUGAUCAUGAUCCUUGUCUCUUCUGUAAAGAUGCCGAAUUCAAGGCUAGUAAAGAAAUCCUUCUGGCUUUUUCACGAGAUUUCCUAAGUGGUGAAGGUGAUCUUUCCCGUCACCUUGGCUUUUUGGGAUUGCCUGUUAGCCACGUUCAGACACCAUUUGAUGAAUUUGAUUUUUCUGUUACAAAUCUUGCUGUAGAUUUGCAGUGUGGAGUGCGUCUUGUGCGAACCAUGGAACUUCUCACACAGAACUGGAAUCUUUCAAAGAAACUCAGGAUUCCUGCAAUAAGUCGUCUUCAAAAAAUGCACAAUGUUGACAUUGUUCUUCAAAUUCUUAAAUCACGAGGAAUUCAAUUAAGUGAUGAACAUGGAAAUUCAAUCCUAUCUAAGGAUAUUGUGGAUAGGCACAGAGAAAAGACUCUUGCAUUGCUUUGGAAAAUUGUAUUUGCUUUUCAGGUGGAUAUUUCCCUUAAUUUAGAGCAAUUAAAGGAAGAAAUUCACUUUCUAAAAUACACACACAGUAUAAAGAAAUCAAUGUCUGCAGUGUCGUGCCGCUCUGAUGCUAUUAUUAAUAAGAAAAAAGACAAAAGAAAUAGUGGUUUCUUUGAACAGUAUAGUGAAAAUGUGAAAUUAUUGAUGGACUGGGUAAAUGCAGUUUGUGCCUUCUAUAAUAAGAAGGUAGAGAAUUUUACAGUGUCUUUCUCAGAUGGCCGUGUGUUAUGUUACCUUAUCCAUCACUACCAUCCUUGCUAUGUGCCUUUUGAUGCUAUAUGUCAGCGUACUACUCAAACUGUGGAAUGCACACAAACUGGUUCAGUGGUAUUAAAUUCUUCCUCUGAAUCCGACGACAGUACUCUGGACAUAUCUCUUAAAUCAUUUGAUCCUGAAAAUACUUCAGAACUCCACAAAGAACUUCUGGAAAAUGAAAAGAAAAAUUUUUAUUUGGUCAGGUCUGCAGUUAGAGACCUUGGUGGAAUACCUGCUAUGAUUCAUCAUUCAGAUAUGUCAAAUACAAUUCCAGAUGAAAAGGUGGUUAUUACCUAUUUGUCAUUUCUUUGUGCAAGGCUUUUAGAUCUUCGUAAAGAAAUAAGAGCUGCUCGACUUAUACAGACAACAUGGAGAAAAUAUAAAAUAAAAACAGAACUAAAGCUCUAUGAGGAGAGAGAUAAAGCUGCAAGAAUUAUUCAGUCAGCUGUAAUAAAUUUUCUAACCAAACAACGAGUGAAAAGAAAGAUUAAUGCAACACUGGUCAUUCAGAAAUAUUGGAGAAGAGUCUUAGCACAAAGAAAAUUAUUAAUGUUAAAAAAGGAAAAACUGGAAAAUGUACAGAAUAAAGCAGCAACGGUCAUUCAGGCUAUAUGGAGAAGAUAUAAAGCUAAGAAAUAUUUAUGUAAAGUGAGAGCUGCCUGCAAGAUUCAAGCCUGGUAUAGGUGUUGGAGAGCACGCAAUGAAUAUUUAGCUGUAUUAAAAGCUGUUGAAAUUAUUCAAGGUUGCUUCUAUGCCAAACGGGAGAGAACAUGGUUUUUGAAGAUGAGAGCAUCAACAAUUAUCAUUCAGAGAAAAUGGAGAGCUAUACUUUCUGUAAGAAUGGCUCAUGACCACUUUGCUCUUUAUAUUAAACAUCGUGCUGCUUGUCUGAUCCAAGCACAUUUUAGAGGACAUAAAAGAAGACAGCUCUUUCUUCAGCAGAAAUCUGCUGUUUUGAUCAUACAAAGACAUAUACGAGCCUGGGAGGCUGGGAAAUGUGAAAGAAUAAAAUAUCUUGAAUUAAAAAAGUCUACAGUUAUUCUACAAGCACUAGUGCGUGGCUGGUUAGAAAGGAGAAAAAUUUUAGAACAGAGAGCCAAAGCUCGGCUUCUUCACUUCACAGCAGCUGCAUAUUAUCACCUGUCUGCUCUUAGAAUUCAAAGAGCAUAUAAAGUUCACAUGUCUAUGAAGAAUGCUAACAAACGGGUUAAUUCAGCCAUUUGUAUUCAGAGAUGGUUUCGAGCAAAAUUAGAACGAAAGAGAUUUAUUGAGAAAUAUUAUAGCAUCAUAAAAAUUGAGCAUGAAGUUCAAGAAUGUAUGAACCAGAAAAAUAGGGCUGCAUCAGUAAUACAGAAAGCAGUACGUCACUUUCUCCUUCGCAAAAGACAGGAAAAAUUUAAUAGUAGAAUCACUAAACUUCAGGCAUUAUGGAGAGGCUACUCUUGGAGGAAGAAACAUGAUUGUACAAAAAUUAAAGCUAUACGGUUAAGUCUUCAGAUGGUUAAUAGGGAGAUUAGAGAAGAAGAUAAACUCUACAAAAGAACCACACUUGCACUUCAUUAUCUUUUAACGUAUAAGCACCUUUCUGCCAUUCUUGAGGCCCUAAAACACCUCGAGGUUGUUACCAGAUUAUCUCCACGUUGUUGUGAGAACAUGGCUCAGAGUGGAGCAAUUUCUAAAAUAUUUGUUUUAAUCCGAAGUUGUAAUCGUAGUGUUCCUUGUAUGGAGGUCAUCAGAUAUGCUGUACAAGUUUUGCUUAAUGUAGCUAAGUAUGAGAAAACUACUUCAGCAGUUUAUGAUGUAGAAAACUGUAUACACACAUUGUUGGAGCUUUUGCAGAUGUACCGAGAAAAGCCUGGUGACAAAGUUGCAGACAAGGGUGGAAGCAUUUUCACAAAAACUUGUUGUUUGUUGGCUGUUUUGUUGAAGACAACAAACAGAGCCUCUGAUGUACGAAGUAGUCCCAAAGUUGUUGACCGCAUUUAUAGCAUCUACAAACUUACAGCUCGUAAACAUAAAAUAAAUGCUGAAAGAAUACUUAAUAAUCAAAAGAAGAAUUCUUCCAUAGGCAUUCCCUUUAUUCCAGAAACACCAAUAAGGACCAGAAUAGUUUCAAGACUUAAACCGGAUUGGGUUUUAAGAAGAGAUAGUAUAGAAGAGAUCACCAAUUCUCUGCAAGCUAUUCAAAUGGUGAUGGAUACACUUGGCAUUCCUUAUCAGUAAAUAUAAACAUUUUCAGUGUGUACAGUAUAAAGAAAUAUUAAAGCUAAUCAUGAAUAUGUAAAUUGCUUUUUGCUUUCUAUGUACAACUUCUAAAA